AUGACUCAUGUUGGUGUUAAUAAUUCAGGAAAAAAUUGGUACUUUAUGGAGGACAAUGUUGAUGUAGAGGGAAAGAUUACAAUAUGGGAGGACAUAUAUCUUGUAGCAGGUUCCACUAACUUUCCAUGGUUAGUUGGAUGGGACAUUAAUGUUGUGUUGCAUGAAGAUGACAAAAUAGGUGGGAUUCCUGUUCAGCCUCAAGACUAUGAAGACUUUGCCUUUUGUCAUUUGGCAAGAACUGGCUCUGAUCAUGCUCCGUUUCUCAUCUCUUUGAAGGAGCAGGCUCAGGUGGUGAUAAGGCCUUUUAGAUUCUUAAAAUUCUGGACAGAACACCAAGAUUUUCUAUCUAUUGUUAGCAACAAUUGGGCCUCAGAGAGAAGAAAUAGUCAGGCUCAAGGAAGAGUGUUUGAGACUGAUCCUUCUCCUAUGAACAGAAUGGUUCUCCAACAUGCUCAUGCUGAACUCAAAAAGUAUUUACAUUUUGAGGAGGAAUUUUGGUGGCACAAGUCAAAUGUAACAUGGUUUGCAGAAGGUGACAGAAAUACUAGAUUCUUUCAUAAUCUAGUAAAUGGUAGGAGACAGAAAUUACAAGUAAAAAGAAUUCAGGAUGCUAAUGGUGGUUGGUUUGAAGAAGUUUCAGACAUGGCUAGGGAAGCAGAAAGUUUCUUUAAAAAACAGUUCUCACAAGAGGAGGAAUCUUCUGAUUUAGUUUACUAA